AGAUCCUGGGGGAGGAAAGAACGGAGGGGUCGGGAAGCCCCUCUUCAGUGGGCCCGCUAUGGGCAGGAGCAAGGGCAAGGCCCCCCAGCGCCCGGAGGCACCCGGGAGGCCGGCCUCGGGGGAGCAGGAGUCCGGGUCGGCCAGCGCGGACUGCGCGCCCAGCCAGGAGCGCCGACAGGGCCGCGGCAAGGCCCGCGGCGCGAGACGGGUCCUGGAGCCCGCCACCGCGGGAGGCCAGGGGACCCCCGGUCGCAGGAAGCCCACCGCAGAGGGGAACGGCGGCUGCACACGGCCAGGGACUGGGCAGCCCAUGGAGGGCCAGGAGAGAGGAGGCAGCGCGCGGCGUCGGGGACGCGGGCCUAAGGACAGCCGCGAGCCCGGGGACAGCCGUGCGGGGCGCGGGGCGGAGGGGAGUCUUCCCCGAGGAGAGCAGACGGGCGAGCGCGGCCGCUGCAGGAGGAGAGGAAAAGCGCGGGGACCCUCGGCUCGCCGGGGCGGCGGAGAGACCCGAAGCCUCGGUGGGGACAUGUCGGGCGGAGACGGGGGCAGCUCCUGCCCGGACAGCGAAGCCCGCGAGGCCCGGGAAAGCGGCAGUCAGAGCGGCGGGGCCCGGGAGCUGCGGCCCAAGUCGGAGCAAACGGACACGGGCUCCGGAGGCACCCAAACCGGGCCGGAGUCAGCGCUGGAGCUGAGCGAGCGCCUGAGCAGCGACGGCCCGAGCGGCAACGGCAGGGGUAGCGACGAGCCCCCCGCCGAGCCCCGGAGCCGGGAAGGGUCGUCGGGGCCGGGGCCCCAGGGAGCAACCGAGGAUUCCGGGACAGACACGAACUCGAGUCUGGAGGGGGCCGGCCCUGGACGGGACCCACGGGCAGCCCCAGGAACGGCGAGCCGGGCCACGGAGGCUGAGCCGGACCGAAAAGCCGCGGCCUCCAGCCCCCGCGAGGGCAGCCGCGCGCGCGUCCCCUGGAGCUGGCGGGCUUCUCGGGACUCCAGGUCGGCCCGGGACGCGAGAGACAACAGGACGCAGGCGGAGACUGAGCCGCGGGGCGCCGGGCCCGGGAGAACCGAGGUCUCGACUGCCCGGGCUCGGUGCCGCCAGGUCGGAAAGGUGGUGGGGAAGGUGCAAGUGGCGGCGGGGGAGAGCGAAGCGGGGGCUUCAGGGAGAGACCGGCCGGGGGACUCAGCGCCGCUGGUGGCCCUCGUGGCGCUCCGCAGCCUCCGCGCGAGGUCCCCGCCAGGCCCCGCUCCCCAGGCCGCAGGUCCCCGUCGCGCCGACCUCAAGCGGCGGUUCCUGCGCGUGGCCCGGGCCCUGGGCCUCCUGCGGUGGCUGCAGCGGAGACUCCGGCGGGCGGCAGGCGAGGGGCGGGGAGCCGGGCAGGGGGCGGGCGAGGGGCGGGGGGCGGGGCCGGCGGAGGGCGAGGGGCGGGGCCGCGGGCCGGGGCUGCGGCUCGGUCUAGCGCUGCGCCUGGCGGGCGUAGCUGGGCUAGGGCGACCGCCGAGGGCUCCCCCUGGCGACGGCCCGAGCUCCCCUCAGGUUGCGGAGACCCCUGGCCCCGACGAGCCUUCUGAGGACCAGGACCCGACUCCCGAUCCCAAGUUCGCGGUUGUGUUCCCCAGAAUUCACAGGGCGGGGAGGGCAUCUAGCAGCCGGAUUUCGGAGGAAGCGUCCGCGGACGCCCCCUCCGGGGAGGGGCGCGUUUGGGCCUGUGCAGAGGCUUCAUGGGACAGUGAGGGACGCAGGGCCAGUGGAGAAGAGGCGGACGGACUCCGCCGCGGCUCUCUUCUCGGCGUGACUCCCCCCGCUGAGUCCCCACUCGACGACAGCGGCUCCAGCAGCGAAGCGGAGCCCGAGACCUUGGAAGCCGAGGCUCCGGUGCACUGGGCGCAGGGCUCCGAACCCCGCGAGGACCCUGGUCCUGGCACCGCCGCACUGCUGCCCCGACUCGCCUUGGAGACCCGCCUGCGGCGGGAGAGGGGCCCGGACGCCUGCGGGUCCCCGAGGGAGCGGUGGGAGCCCGAGGAUGAGGCCGAGGAGGCGCUGGAGAGGGACCUGGAGCUGAGCCUCGGGCCGGGCCUGGAGGCGCCGCCCUCCCCGGGUGCCGAGGGCAGGAGCCUCGGGGCCGGCCUGGAAGACACCGAGGACCUGGCCCAACUGCGACCGAUGUGUGACAGCUCCGUGCUGCUGUGCCUCAAGAAGAGGUUUCACCUGGGCCGAAUCUAUACCUUUGGGGGACCCCUCCUCCUUGCUCUGAACCCCCACAGGCCCCUGCCUCUCUUCUCUCCUGAGGUCCUGGCCAGCUACCGCCCCAGGAAGGCCCCCAACACCACCCCACACAUCUUUGCCAUUGUGGCGUCAGCCUAUGGCCUGUCUCAGAGCACUGGCCAGGGCACGUGCAUUCUUCUCAGUGGGCAAAGCGGCUCAGGGAAGACAGAGGCUUCCAAAAGGAUUGUGCAGUUCCUAAGCAGCCUGGAGCAGGAGCAGAUGAGAGACAGGGGAUGUCAGCUGGAUGGCGUGCUGCCCCUGCUCAGCAGCUUUGGCCAUGCCAAGACAGUCCUCAAUGCCAACGGCAGCCGCUUCGGCCAGGUCUUAUGCCUCUGCCUGCAGCAGCCCCUGGGUUGCAUGCACCCUGGGCACCCCCACCCAGACUCCUGUGCCCACAGAGGGGUCGUCGUGGGAGCUUCUGUGUCACAUUAUCUGCUUGAGACCUCAAGGGUGGUGUUUCAGGCCCAGGCUGAGCGGAGCUUCCAUGUUUUUUACGAGCUGCUGGCAGGGCUGGACCCCAUGGAACGGGAGCAGCUCUCCCUACAGGGACCAGAGACCUACUACUACAUCAACCAGGGCCAGGCCUGCAGGCUCCAGGGCAAGGAAGAUGCCCAGGACUUCACAGGACUGGUGAAGGCCCUGCAGGUGCUAGGCUUGCGCCCUGAGGAGUUGACCACAGUCUGGGCCGUGCUGGCCUCCAUCCUGCAGCUAGGCAACAUCUGCUUCUCCUCUUCAGAGCGAGAGUCCCAGGAGGUGGCUGCUGUGUCCAGCUGGGCCGAGAUCCACACAGCUGCCCGGCUGCUCCGGGUGCCACCCGAGCGCCUGGAGGGGGCUGUCACCAGGAGGGUCAUGGAGACGGCCUAUGGCCAGGUCUGGAGAUCCCUGCCAGUGGAAAGUGCCAUUGAUGCCAGGGACGCCCUGGCCAAGGCACUGUAUUCGCGGCUCUUCACCUGGCUUCUGAGGAGGACCAAUGCAAGACUGGCACCGCCCGGGAAGGGAGGCAGCACGGACACCAUCACUGUCGUGGACGUCUAUGGCUUUGAGGCGCUGCGGGUGAACGGCCUAGAGCAACUGUGCAACAAUCUCGCCAGCGAGCGCCUACAGCUCUUCUCCAGCCAGAUGCUGCUGGCCCAGGAGGAGGAGGAGUGUCGGCGAGAGUUGCUGCCCUGGGUGCCCAUCCCCCAGCCUCCGUGGGAGUCCUGCCUGGACCUCCUAGCAGACCAGCCCCACAGCCUCCUGAGUAUCCUGGAUGCCCAGACGUGGCUGUCCCAGGCCACGGAUCACACCUUCCUCCAGAAGUGCCACUACCACCAUGGUGGUCACCCGUGCUACGCCAAGCCCCAGCUGCCCCUUCCUAUCUUCACUGUGCGGCAUUACGCAGGGACCGUCACCUACCAGGUUCACAAGUUUUUAAACAGGAACCGGGAUCAUCUGGACCCUGCCGUGGUGGAAAUGCUUGCCCAGAGCCGCCUCCAGGUGCUCCUGCUAGCCCUCUCAGGCCCCGCCCCUCUACACUCCGUUCCCCCAUUCUGCCCUUGCCUGGGCACUUCUGCCCAAGGGUCUCGCCCGCAAGCUCCUGGCACCUUGGGCCGUGGGCUGAGCUUGCCAGGGUCUGGACUCUGUGAGCAGGCCCACCUGGCUCCCCGGCCAGCUCAGCCCGCUCUCGCCCCACAGCUGGUGGGCAGCCUGUUCCAGGAAGCAGAGCCCCCGUCUGGGGGAGGUCGAGGCAAACCCACGCUGGCCUCUCGCUUUCAGCAUUCCCUGGGGGACCUCAUGGCCCAGCUAGGCAGCUUUAAGCCCCUGACUCCAGCUCUCACGGGCUCUGUCCCAUGGCCGCAGCAUCCAGGCCUCUUUGAUGUGGGACACGUGGCAGAGCAGCUGCGCCAGGCAGGCAUCCUGGAGGCUGUGUGUGCCCGCAGUGCCAACUUCCCUGUGCGCGUGCCCUUCCAGGCCUUCCUGGCCAGGUUCCGGGCCCUGGGGACAGAGGGGCAGGGAGAACCCUCUGACCGGGAGAGGUGUGGUGCCAUCCUGAGCCAGGUGCUAGGGGCUAAGUCACCCCUCUGUCACCUUGGAGCCACCCAGCCCUCCCCUCUGCCCCCAGGUCCUGCUGCAGGAGCCGGGCUGGCAGCAGCUGCAGCAGCACUGGGCCCAGCGGCGCUCGCAGAUGUUGCUCACCCUGCACCGAGGCCUCCUCACCUGCAUCUCCCACCAGCGCCUCCGCCUCCUGCCACGGAUGCAGGCUCGUGUGCAUGGGCUCCAGGCCAGGAUUCGGGUACCGGGUGUAAGUUUGGACUCCUCGCCACCCCCUCCCCGGCCUCCAGGAAGCGGUACCUCCUGCGGCGGGCAGCUCUGGGACAGCUGCACACCAUCCUGCUGGUGGCCCGGCCCCUGCUCUGGAGACGGCGGAGACUGCAGCUUGGGCAUUGGCGUGGCUGGCACGGCGGCAGGGCCUCCGAGAAAGUGCCAAGCAUGGAGCUAGGGCGCCUGGAGAUCCCGGCCGAGCUGGCUGUCAUGCUGAAGACAGCGGAAGGCCGUCAGCACGCCCUAGCAGAAAGCAUCACCGAGUCCCUGCCCCCGGAAGUCCCUGCCCGGCCCAGCCUGACACUCCCGCUGGACAUUGACCAGUUCCCCUUCUCCAGCUUCGUCUCCAUCAGCUUUCAGGAGCCAUCCUUGCCCAGCCCUGGGCAGCUGCUGGCCAAGCCCCUGACCCGACUGAAUGGUGAGAACCCUCAGCAUGCCCUGGAUAUCAACAAAGUGAUGCUGCGGCUCCUAGGGGAUGGGUCCCUGCCACCCUGGCAGGAGCAGAUCAUGGGUGAAUACCUGGUGAGACAGGGGCAACGCCGGCCGGGGCUGCGGGACGAGCUCUUCAGUCAGCUCGUGGCCCAGCUCUGGCACAACCCGGACGAGCAGCAGAGCCAGCGUGGCUGGGCCCUCAUGGCCAUCCUGCUCAGCGCUUUCCCCCCAAUGCCUACCCUGCAGAAGCCACUGCUCAAAUUUGUGUCCGACCAGGCCCCCAGAGGCAUGGCAGCUCUGUGCCAGCACAAGCUGCUGGGGGCCCUGGAACAGAUGCAGCUGGCCCCUGAGUCUGCACGGGCCCACCCACCUACCCAGCUGGAGUGGACGGCUGGACGGCGGCGGGGCCGCAUGGCGCUGGACGUCUUCACCUUCAAUGAGGAGUGCUACUCGGCCGAGGUGGAAUCCUGGACCACGGGGGAGCAGCUUGCUGGGUGGAUACUGCAGAGCAGAGGCCUGGAGGUGCCACCUCGUGGCUGGUCCGUGUCAUUGCACUCCGGGGACUCCUGGCAGGACUUGGCUGGCUGCGACUUCGUGCUGGACCUGAUCGGCCAGACGGAAGACCUGGGGGACCCGGCUGGUCCCCACAGCUACCCCAUCACUCCCCGCAGCUUAGCUGAGGACAUCCCCCCGGCCCCUGGCGUCCAGGCCCCAUCACUGCCCCCAGGCCCCCCUCCAGGUCCAGCCCCAACACAGCCCAUCAGGAGCCACACAGAUGGGUCCCAGACCUCGGGGAGCCUGGACGGCUUCCUGGACCACCUCUUCGAGCCAGUCCUCUCCGGGGGCAACAGUGAUCUGGAGCAAGGCUGGGCUCUGAGAGGCCGCAUGAAGGGAGGGGGUGCCAUGGGGCCCAUGCAGCCAGGCAGCUACCCCAUGGUGUACCCAGGGAUGGUGCAGAUGCCCGGAUACCAGCCAGCCAUGAUGCCUGCACCCAUGCCCAUGAUGCCUGCCAUGGGCGCAGUCCCCCCCAUGCCAGCCAUGGUGGUGCCACCACAGCCACAGCCACAGCCCCUGCCUCCCAGCGUGGAUGCGAGGCAGCUGGCGGUCCAGCAGCAGAACUUCAUCAACCAGCAGGCGCUGAUUCUGGCCCAGCAGAUGACUACCCAGGCCAUGACCCUGUCCCUGGAGCAGCAGACACAGCAGCGCCGACGCCAACGCCAGGCCCCAGCUCAGGCCCCUGUCGCUGAAGCUGCCUCCCCACCCCCACCCCCACCCCCAGCCAUCAUCCCCAAGCCCAAGAAGCCCCAGGUCCCCCAGGAGGAGCCAGAGCGAGAACCGGAAUCGGUGGAUGGCUGCCUGAGAGAGACCUUACAGGAGGCUGAAGACAGGCCCCAGCGGCCCAAGAGCUUCCAGCAGAAACGGGAUUAUUUCCAGAAGAUGGGGCAGCAGCAGAUCAAGGUGAAGAUGGUGAAGCCUCCGGCCAAGGUGCAGAUCCCCCAGGGAGAGGAGCAGGAGGAGGAGGAGGAAGAAGAGAGACCGAAAGCAGUCCCGUCCCCUCCUCCACCCCCACCCCCACCCCAGGUAGUGAAGAAGCCACUGACACAAGGUGGGGCCAAAGCUACGAAGGAGGCUGAGGCUGAGCCGACCCAGGAGGUGGGGCCUGGCAGUGAUCGGCUGGCCCAGGGUAGAGCUGUGGUGCGCAGCUCAGACCCUGCGCCCCAGCGGGCAGAGCCCAGCAGGGAGAUCCGAAACAUCAUCCGCAUGUACCAGAGCCGCCCGGGCCCCGUGCCUGAGCCUGUGCAGCCGUCCAGGAGGCCCCCCAAAAAUUUCAUGAAGAAAAACAAUCCUAAGGACGAGGCUCUGGCUAAGCUGGGGAUCAAUGGUGCCUACUCAUCCCCUGCGAUGCUGCCCCCCAGCCCCGGGAAGGGCCCCCCACCAGCUGUGGCCCCUCGACCCAAGGCGUCGCCACAGCCUGGGUCCUCCACCACCAUCAAGGAGAAGCAGGCACCCCUUCGUGAGGUGUUUGGCCCGACCCCACCCACUGCCCAGGCACCCCCACCUCCACCAGCGCCUCCACUGCCUCUGCCCGGGGACCUGGGGACCCCUUCUGCUGAGCCCCGUGGCUCGACGGUGCCCAUGGGGGACCAGGGGGUCUCCACCCAGCUGCUUGUGCCCUCCGGCAGUGUGUGCUUCUCCUAUGCCAGCACCUCCUGGAAGUUGUUCCUUCGCAAGGAGGUGUUCUACCCCCGGGAGAACUUCAGCCAUGCCUACUGCCUCAGGCUUCUCUGUGAGCAGAUCCUGAGGGACACCUUUGCCAAGUCCUGCAUCCGAAUCUCCCAGGAUGAGCGGCGCAAAAUGAAACACCUGCUGGGAGACCUAGAGGUCGGCCUGGAGUCACUUGACACCACUGAGGACAGUGUCAAGAAGCGCAUCGUGGUGGCCGCUAGGGACAACUGGGCCAAUUACUUCUCACGCAUCUUCCCUGUCUCGGGUGAGAGUGGCAGCGACGUGCAGCUGCUAGGUGUAUCCCACCGGGGGCUGAGACUGCUCAAGGUGACCCAGGGCCCCAGCUUCUACCCUGACCAGCUGAAGACUCUCUGCUCAUACAGCUUUGCUGAGGUCCUGGGUGUAGAGUGCCCGGACAGCUCUACCCUGGAGUUGUCACUGAAGAGUGAGCAGCUGGUGCUGCACACAGCCCGGGCGAGUGUCAUCAAGGCCAUGGUUGAGCUGUUCCUGAGGGAGCUCAAGAAGGACUCUGGCUACGUCAUCGCCUUGCGAAGCUACAUCACUGAUGACAGCAGCCUCCUCAGCUUCCACCGUGGGGACCUUAUCAAACUGUUGCCAGUGGCCACUUUGGAGCCAGGCUGGCAGUUUGGCUCCACUGGGGGCCGCUCCGGACUCUUUCCUGCCGACAUAGUGCAGCCGGCUGCUGCUCCAGACUUUUCCUUCUCGUCGGAGCAGAGGAAUGGCCAGCACAAGAGUCAGCUGCAGCGCAGAGAGUCAGGACUGGCUCAGUGGGAUAGGGCGCCGGAGCACCCCACCUUCCCUCAGAGCCAGGCACACAGUGAAGACUCGGAGGCCACCAGCCUACCCCUCUCUAUGGCCUACCUCUCUGUGUUCACGGAUUCCCACAACUACACCAUGCAAGAAUUUGCCCUGCGCUACUUCCGGAAACCCCAGGCCUUGCUGCACCAGACAGGUGGAGGUGCUGAGCAGAAGGCCCCGGCCAGCUUGGUGCAGUACACCAAGGCUCCCAUCCAGGAGUCGCUCAUCAACCUCAGUGAUGAGGGCAUGAACAGGCAGGCUGUGGAAAGCUUCCAGGCGCUGAUGCAAUUUAUGGGGGACCAGUCUAAGCCGCGGGGCAAGGGUGAGAUGGAGCUCCUGUAUGAGCUGCUGAAGUUGUGCCAGGAGGAGAACCUCAGGGAUGAGAUUUACUGCCAGGUCAUCAAGCAGGUCACAGGACACCCCCGGCCGGAACACUGUGCUCGAGGCUGGAGCUUCCUCAGCCUCCUCACCGGCUUCUUCCCGCCGUCAACCACUCUGAUGCCCUACUUGACCAAGUUUCUACAGGAUUCAGGCCUGAGCCAAGAGCUGGCCCGGACCAGCCAGGAGCACCUCCAGCGGACAGUUAAAUACGGGGGACGGCGGCAACUGCCCUUCCCGGGUGAAAUGCAGGCUUUCUUGAAAGGGCACACUGUCCGCCUGGUUCUAAUUCACCUGCCUGGGGGUGUGGAUUACAAGACCAACAUCCAGACUUUCACAGUGGCAGGAGAAGUGCUGGAGGAGCUGUGCGGGCAGAUGAGCAUCAUGGACCCCCAGGAAGUGCAGGAAUUUGCCCUCUUCCUCAUCAAAGGGGAAGGUGAGCUGGUGCGGCCCCUGCGGCCCGACGAGUACCUCAACAGCGUGAUGGUGGAUAAGGACGUGAGCCUGCACAGCCGGCGGCUUGGCUGGGAGACCCAGCUGCACUUCGACAAUCCCACCUACAUCAGCACCCACUACAGCCAGGUGCUGCGGGACUACCUGCAGGGGAAGCUGUUGGUCAGUGCACAGGCAGAGGACCUACUGGCCAGGCUGGCCGCCCUACAGCACCUCAGCAGGGCCUUUGAGGACACCCCCUCAGAGCAAGACCUGUUGGCUUACUUGCCAAAGACACUGCAAUGGCAGGUGAGAAGGGCCACCAUAAGGAUGCUGAUGGGCCAGGAGCUGAGGCGGCUGAAAGGAUGCACCUCCCAGGAAGCGCAGACCAGCUUCAUCGAGGCCGUGAGGCAGCUGCCCCUCUUUGGCUACACUGUCUACGUGGUGCUCCGAGUAAGUGAGGUGGCCCUGCCUGGACCUGGCUUCCUGGGGCUGAACCGCCAGCACAUCAUCCUCAUGGACCCCAGCUCCCAGAAACUGUGCUGCUCUGUUGCCCUGAGGGAACUGCAGCGGAUCCACCUGCUGAGCCCACUGGAGGAACAGGGGUCCCCUGGCCUGGAACUCAACUAUGGCUCGGCUGACAGCCCUCGGACCAUCUGGUUUGAGCUGCCACAGGCCCAGGAGCUGAAGCACACCAUCGCCUUCCUGAUGCACAGCGGCAUCGCCUCCGAUUAAUGGCCGGCCUCACCCAGGAGGAGUGGGGGAGGGGCAGAGAGGAGGAAGGGGCCUCUCCCUGGCCCAAGUCUCACUUGGAAAGUCUCCCUUGGGUGCUGUCAGGCCAUUUUGGUGUGGACUUCACCACUUGGCUGUUCUGGAACCUACCACAGCACAGCCCGGCUAGCCCACGUGGAGGCCAUGAGGCAGGAGCUGCUACAGUGAUGUCAACUGGGAAAGACAGCAGCGAGACUCCCUCAUGGUGGGCCUGGGGCGGGGCUGCAGGAACUCAGCUUGGGCAUCUGAUGUUGCCCAGUCUCAGGGAGAUGCCCACCUGGCCCCAGGCCCUGGCUCAAAAUCAGCAGGAACCCAGCCUGGGAGAAGCAGCUGCUAAAAUAAA